ACACCAGAACCAGAGUCAGACUACACCUCAGGUGACAAUAUGUUUCUGAUUGGUCACACAACAGUGCAGUACAAUGUAUCAGAUUCAAGUGGUAACUUCAAUGAUAGGUGUAAUUUUACGGUUACUGUUGAAGACAAAGAACUACCCGUUCCUAGUUGUCCAUCACUAGUAACUGGUGUUACUGAUGAGGGAAAACCAAAUGGCACCGUAAACUACAAUAUUACCGUAAUGGAUAACGUUCAGGUUGCUAUGUUUUCAACAAACUAUACAAACUUCAACCCUGCUGCAAUGACCAUUGAUGCAGCUUACACUGUGGUUGAGACUACUGGUGUAUUCCCAAUCGGACAAACUGUAAUUGAAUACAUCUUUGUCGACUCUGCUUCGCCAACAUCAAAUGAAGCUACAUGCUAUAUUACAUUACAAAUUGAAG